UUGCGUGUCAAAAAAAUAUUAAAAUAUGCGAAAGAAAUUAUUACCUCCGGAAAAGCCAAUAUGCAACGUAGUAGCAGUUUAUAGAGAAAGAGGAAAUUACUUGCAACGCUUGGAGCAAUUUGAGAAAGCGAUUUUAGCCUACAACGAAGCUCUUCGCUGGAAUAAUGCCGACGUCCGUUCACUACUCGGACGAAGUUUAGCUCGAGCCAAGUCUACUUAUUAUACCGAAGCAUUGGUAGAUGCUGCAAAAGCUGCUGAACUGGAACCAGAAAACUUGACGGCCAUGCAAAUAAGAGCACAAACGGAAUAUGAAAAAUGCUCCUUUGAACGUGCUUUAGUGCUGGCGUAUCGAGGCCAGCGCGAGAGACGACUGCCGCCGAACUUCGCAGACUGUGCCAGAUGUGCCGAAGAAACGAUUCGAGAAUGCGCUGGAAAUAGUGCUGGCAAAGUACUCUCUCGUAUGAUCAAUAUAUUUCCACUUAUCGGUUUGCGAGAAGAUUCCGUAGAUGCCACAAGAGCUCCAAAACGAAGAAGUCGGAUGCAAGCUCAAUCUACACCAUCACACCAAACUCAAGAAAUAUCUCGGGUGGAAAAGCAAAAGGCCGAACAUACAUCCCGUCUAAUGGCUUCGAAGUAUUUGGAGCAAAUGGCCCAUGACAAAUAUUUUCUCCGAGCGUUAUGUAACGAUGAAAGACUUAAAUCCGCCAAUAAACAGGGUUCCCACGAAUUACAAGAACUAUCCUAUAAAGCACUGGCUGACAUCGAUAAGAGACUUACUGUACUCAGAGAACGCCGCCCAUUUUAUGCGGCUCGUGCAUCUGAGGCUGCUGCAAGAGCAAGACUGUCAAGAGCUCGUAAACAAAGAGUGGGUAAUGCCCAGCGACAACACAUAACAGACGCACGCCGUCUAGUUAACUCUGCACAAGAAAUUUAUGAAAAACAUGAUACAAUUAAGUGUUUAGAGGCAGCAGAGUUUGGUAUGGAACAGAUCUCGAGAAUACAAGGCAACAUGCUGCCUGGCAAGGAUAAGUUUUUGCAAGAAUUAUAUGAAAUUGUGGCUCAAGCUUUUUUAGAUCAGAAACGUGUUCGAGCAGAAAUGAGCGAGGCAGAUCGUGAGAAAAGAGCGUUUAUUCUGUUGGGAAUACCAAUAUCGCGUGAACCCAGCCAUGAUUCAAUUUUACGUACGCGACCCCCAGCACCCCCUCGCGAUGCCAAACGACGUCUCCGUGCAUUGGAACGCAGCCUAACUCUUAGUGGACGUGCACCCGAACGUUGCUACGUUCUACACGAGCUGGCGCGCCUGCACGCUGAUACUAGGCAAGCGCACAGAGCACGGUUUUAUGCAGCAAAAUGCCAAUCUGAGGCCAAAUCCUCGAAGCUGCACGCAUGGUGUAUCAACGCAACAUUUCUUCUGGCACGGUGUCAUGUGCUACAGAACAACCGUCCGGAAAGUCGCGCACAAUUGAUUGAAGGAGCGGCACUGGCUCGCUUGUUUGGCUACCUGGAUGUGGCUGCAUUUUUUGAUACGUGCGUCGAUAUAUCACUAGAGGGUGAGGUUGGAUCGAAUGAUUCAAUCCUGGUGAAACGAGAAAAAGCGAUGGUGAGUCUUAUGCAGGACGACGACCUUCGCCAAGCUGCUGAGCAUCUGUUCCGAAGAAUGUCCGUUUUACCCGCUUCGAGACGAUUCUCCGUAAUGCCUGGCACACGUGCUGAGGAGCCUGUUGAACCUACAUCUAAUCGACGAGCUUCGAUCAUGCCACGUGGCCAGACUCCAGUGCGAGUUGCUCCUAAGAAACACUAUCCUCUUGGAUUUCAAGAUUUUGAUAUGUGAUCACGGAUGCUUUUUCGUUAAUAUCAUUGGUUUACAAUAUGUUGAAUCAAAAUAAAAUGU